AUGUCUAUAGAAAUUGAAAGUCGAUUAAUUUUAUCUAAGCCGUUUCUAUCACGCCAAGAAAUUAAAGAAGCACAAGCCAAAACUAUAAGCGACAGAAGAAUAUAUAAUCAUAAAAGGUUACAAUGUUUUAAAAUACUGAGUAGCAUGUGUAUCUCACUACAGUUCCCUAGGAAAACAUUAGAAUGUGCAAUGUAUCAUUAUCAAAGAUUCUAUCUUUAUAAUGUAUUUGAAUCUGAAUUUUCUACCGAUGUGGCUAUUGCAGCGAUAUUUUUAAGUUGCAAGCAAACUGAAACAAUGAAAAAAUUAACUGAUUUGAUCAAUGUUUUUUUUAAGGUGACAAAGUCCAGCAGUGGCAAGCCUAUUAGUGGAAAUAAUAGUAGUAGUGAUGCUAGUAACAACAUGAAUCCUUUGCUGGCUGAUGAUAUGAAGAAGAAAGUUGCCGCGCUUGAAUUGAAAAUUUUAGAGGCAUCUUCAUUCGACCAAAGAUUAUUUAAUGUUUCAAUAGGCGACUGUAUUAUUAAGUUUAGUUCCAAGUUUAAUUAUACCAGAGAAGAAGCAUAUUUAUCGUGGAUUAUGGGAUAUGAUAUCUUAAAAUUAGAAAUACUUUUACUAGCACCUUCACAUACAAUUGCUCUAAGUAUUUUGAAAAUCUGUAAAAUGCUAGUGGACAACAAGAAUAGUGACGGUAGUGUUAAAAAUACCACUAUAGUGGAGGAUAAUUUGGAGAGUUUGCAUUCUGAUAUAACAACUUUUAAAAAAAGUUGCAACGAUAUUUUAAAUUAUUAUAUUAACGUAUAUGAUGUAUGUGAAUUAAGGUUUGUGAAUCCAGAAUAUAAAAAAGAUGAUUUUAUUGCUAUAAAGGACAAAUUAAAAUAUCACAUCGACGUACCGCCUGAUAUCGCCACUGCUACACAAUCAUUCCACGUACCACUUGAUACAGCAAGCGAGACUCGGUAUGUUGUUCAAAGGAAAAGGUAUAACAACGAGGAAAGUAAGAUAAUGAAAAAAACUAAAAAAUUGGAGUAG